AUGUAUACUUCUACUGUAGGAUUAAAAGCCACGGUUCCUGAGAAUACACAAGAUCAAGAUUUGCCCCCGCCAAACUAUGAUUCUACUCAAUCAUAUGUGACUAAUUCACCAAAUCUACUAACACCUACGACGACUCCUGGCUCGGUGUUGAUACCUUCAUCUGAGAGCCUUGGUCCUCAUAUAAGCAACACUCCAAGUUUUGACUUUGCACAACUAACAGAAACAGCAGUUUCACCAGCAGUUUCACCAGCAUCAGCAGCAUCAGCAGCACCAGCAGCAGCACCAGCACCAGCAGCGUCAUUGAUUGUCACUGAUGAGUUCACAUGGAAGGAAACUAUUUUGGAUAAUGUGCAUCGAAUGCCAAAUAUGACUUUUGAAGACCACGUGUUGCCGAAAUCUGUCACUAUUGAUGUGUUCUAUACCAAGGAUAUAGGCGAGAUCAACAAAGUACCAGAGAUGAUUGACCCGUCACUCUAUGAGUACAAGCAAGGAGACUUGCUAAAUGGCUACAUCAUCAUACGCAACACUUCAAACAAGCCCAUACCGUUUGAGAUGUUUUACCUACUAUUUGAAGGGAAUUUUACCGUUGCCAAUCCUGCAAAUUUUGGGGAUCCUGUACCUGUUAAAAUACAACGCUUUUUAGAAAUGUUUGAUUUUUAUGGAAGCUGGAACGAUGCACAUAUUAACCGAUUGGUUACAGAAACUGAGGAUAUUAUCUAUGGAGGAGACGACGACCCAACGGACCCCCUUGAUGGGUCGCAUUUAUACUUUGUACCCAAUAAGCAGAUUCUUCCCAACCGAACUUACAAACGGUUUUUUUCAUUUCGAAUUCCUAAUAACUUGCUAGAUUCUGUUUGCAAUGAACACAAUUUAUCCAAACAUGUUGAACUACCACCAACGAUUGGAUUACCACGAUUUGAAACGGCUCAUUUUCCUGAGAGGGAAAAAACAAAGAUUCGUGAUUUGGGGAUAUUGCAUACUUCUGUAUCGUAUGGAGUGAUGGCAAGAUUCAUUGGUAAAAAGUCUACAUGGGAGAAAAGAUUUGGUAAAUUUGAAACACCAAAACAGAAAGAUAAUGCCAAAUUGGUUAAUUCAAAAGGAGACGAGUAUAUCAUAUUAAAAGAAUUGACUAAUUACGUGCGGGUUGUUGCUGAGACAAAGAUACCUACUCAGAAUGAGAAACUAAUGAAGGAGGCUGAGAAUAAGUUGCUAUAUGAAAAUUUGGUGAAACAAAUACAGAAUAAGAUAGACCUUGGCAAUAACAUGAUCAAGGCUGUUAAUGAACAUCGGCAAAUUGAUUGCGUGUUGCAACUGAAUGAAAUAAUCAGCCAACAGGAUAUAGAUGCAGCAAAGACUAGACAACACUAUUUCAAACGAGACAUUGACUCUAUAAGGGAUAUCAAGACGAAUUUGACAAAGAUUGAGUACUAUCAUAUAUUUAUACAAUUAGUUAAAAAAACAUUAACAUCUGGCACCAAAAAUGUAGGAGUAUUACUGGUUAGAACUCCGAAACGUAAAUACCACAUCAAUUACAUUCCGCCAACGAGGUUUAGAGAUGCACCAAUAAAGUCAGCACCAAGCUGGGUACUUGAUAUACCUGUUGAUUUUUCAGUAGCUAAUACAAGAGCAAUAGAAAAAUUGAAACUCCCUCAGAUUAAAAGUAUUAGUGCCGAAUUAGUCGUGCACACAAUCAAAUCAAUGAACAAACCUAUAGCCCUUGAGUUGAACCAUGAUUUGGUUUAUAACAAGUGUCAAAAUAAUUGUAAGGAAAGUGUCGAUAAGGACACUUUUACGAAUAAUAUAAUUAGACCAUUUACAGAGCAAGCAAUAGAGAUUAACCAUAUACUAAAGACAUUGGGCGUUGAUAAGUUCAAAGUUGAAAAACAAUUGAUUGAUGAUUUGAAAUCCAUCUGUCAAUUAAAGGAAAAGACAAUGAAUUUGAUGAUUAACGAGUUGAAAGUGGAUGGUGAAAUAUAUAAUCCUAAGAACCCAAACCACCAGCUCAAUUGGUCAGUAAACGAGAAUAAUGCAGUAGCUUCACUAAACGAGCAUAAUGCAUCAGCUUCAUUAAACUUGACGGUAAAUUUACAAAGAAUGUCAAUGAAAGGUAUACCAUUGGGUGUCGACAAGUUGAAAUCGUACGAUUUAGUAAAUCUUGUUCCGAAUUUCCAAUCUUGUUACAUUGCCAGGUUCUACCAUAUUUGCUUAAAGUUUUCUUUGGGGAACGGUGUUUGUGCGAGAAUAAAAGUCCCAGUAGUAAUAGAUAAAAUAGAUAGAGAAUAA